UGCUCACGCCUUAGAGUGCUCCAGCUGCCAUGGUUUUUGAUCUCAACUCACAACCACCAGAUCUAGGAGAGGAUUUCACAAACAUGACUGUGGAGCCACCAGGUGAACUACAAUUCCCAAUGCUUGGAGCCUUACCAGACCUGAAUAUGGGGCUGCCGGAUGAGGAAGAACUCUUCCAAUUCCAUGAAGCACAGUUUGCACAACUUGUUGGAAGUGAUAUUACUGGAGGGCAAAAUGAAGGAAUCAAUUCAGUGCAUGCUGAUGAUGAACAACAUCAACCUAAUCGAGAUGGAUGGCCCAUACUAGACCUCAAUGCACAUCCUCCUGAUGAUGAGGAGCAAGCAGUUGGAGAGGCCAUACCUGACCUCAAUGUGCAGGCUACUUAUGAUGACCACCAACCAGAUGGAGAAGCCAUACCAGACCUCAAUGUGCAGCCUGCUAAUUUUGAUCAGCAACCAGUUGGAGAUAUUGCCUUUGAUGUUAUUGAUGAACAAGAUGAUUUUGAUCUCAAUUUACUAGUCCCUGCCCAACACGAAGAAAUGCAACAGAUCAGAGAUGCCUACUUCGAUGCCAUGGAGGAGGACAUUAUCUUCAACCAAGAUGAGAUGCAUGACUCAAACAAUGAACAUAGAUGUGCAAAUGCAAAUGUUCACACUAGAGCAAAGGAUCUUACCCCCAACCAAAGACAACAAAUAUACGAAGCUUUGCUCCAGAGAAGUGUCAAUGGAAAACUAAGGAAAAACACUACAAACAAGGUUGCUGAAUUAUUCAAUGUCCAUCGAUCAGCGGUGUGGAGGGUUUGGAAGCGUGCAAAGCAAUGUCAAGCUAAUGGAGUACCAGUUGAUAUCAGUUCUAGAAAGCCCAAGAAUUGUGGCCGAAAAAAGGUUGAAGUUGACCUAUCACAAGUUCAAACUAUUCCGCUUCGCAGAAGGUCGAAUUUAAGAUCUCUAGCUAAAGCUCUGGGUUCAAACAAAAGCACAUUACAUAGGCUGUUCAAACAAGGACUCUUAAGACGACACUCUAACACUAUAAAGCCAUAUUUAACAGAAGAGAACAAAAAGGAAAGAUUGUGGUGGUGUAUUUCAAUGCUAGAUCUAAGUACAUUGCAUAUGGAACCAAAGUUUAUUGAAAUGGACAACAUCAUCCACCUGGAUGAGAAGUGGUACAAUGCCACAAAAAAGAAUAUGACCUUUUACUUGCAUCCAGAUGAGGAUGAGCCCCACAGGACUGUCCGCAACAAGAAUAGCAUUGGAAAGGUGAUGUUCUUAACUGCAGUUGCUAAGCCUCGAUAUGACAAUGAAGGUAAUUGCACAUUCGAUGGCAAGAUAGGCAUCUGGGCUUUUAUACGGAAGGAACCUGCUAAAAGGAGAAGUGGUAACAGACCAAGAGGGACACUCAUCACCAAGACAAUGACAGUUGACAGGGAUACUAUGAGAUCAUACCUGAUUGGUAAAGUCCUAUGGGCCAUCAAAACUCGUUGGCCUGCAGAAGAUGCAGGGAGAACGAUUUGGAUUCAACAGGAUAACGCUAGAACUCAUGUCCCAGUUGACGAUGAAGACUUUGCAAGAGCAGCAGCCCAGACUGGUUUUGACAUCCGCCUCAUCAACCAACCUCCUAAUUCCCCUGAUAUGAAUGUCUUAGAUCUAGGAUUUUUUGCUUCUCUUCAGUCAAAGACAGAUACAACGACCUCUAGAAAUCUGGAUGAAUUGAUUGCAAAUGUCGAGAAUGAAUUUCGAAAUUAUGAUGUAAAUGAUCUGAGAAAUGUCUUCCUCACAUUGCAAGGAUGUUUGAUUGAGGUGAUGAAGGCUGGUGGAGGAAACAAAUACAAGAUACCUCACAUGAACAAAGAAAGGCUAGAGGCCCUAGGCCUCCUUCCCAGAUCCCUAAAUUGUGAUCGUCAACUAUAUGAGAGUGUGAUGGAGUCCUUGGGUACCUAGUUGGUUUAGGAUUAUUUAGUGCUGGUAUGAGCCAUGU